AUGAAGAAUCUUAUGAUCUGUGUGCUAUUAUGUCUACCUGCUUGCUUGGCUUACCCACUGGACAAGACAGUGAAGGAAGAACCAAAUAUCGACAUUCUCAAGAAAUAUCUUGGAAAUGAUUAUAAUCUUGGAAACGAUAUGAAACAAUUUGUGAGAAGAAAUGAAAGCAGUGCUGUAGUUAAAAAAAAUCAGGAAUUGCACAGGUCCCCUGGGUUGAAGGUAAUGGAGAAGCCGGACUCUGGCAUCCUAGAUGUGAAGGAUAAGCCCAUUUGUGGAUUCCCCGUGGUUGGUCACAUCUCUAGAUUAUGUCGCUCACGCAAGUGGAGGAAAACUAACCUUACUUACAGAAUUGUGAAUUACAUACCAAAGUUGUCAAGAAAUGCUACUGACUUUGCCAUUGAGAGAGCUCUGAAACUCUGGGAGAAGGUGACUCCUCUCACGUUCUACAGGCUUUAUGAUGGAGAGGCUGACAUGAUGAUUUCUUUUAUGAGUAGAGACCAUAAAGACUAUGAAUCGUUUAAUGUAUCAGCAUCUACUCUGGCUCAUGCCUUCCCACCCGGACCAGGGUUAAAUGGAGACAUUCAUUUCUAUGAUGACAUACAAUGGACAGAGGAUUAUUCAGGGGCCAAUUUUCUCUUUGCGGCUGCUCAUGAAAUUGGUCAUGCCCUGGGUCUCUCUCAUUCAAACAACCCUGAAGCUUUGAUGUACAAAUCAUACAAGAAAUCCAGAGGCAAAUCCCAGUUGCGUCUUUCUCAAGAUGAUGUGAAUAGAAUUCACUUUCUCUAUGGACCUCCAUCUUCCUCCUCUAAUAAAACCACGGUGCCCACAGAAGACAUUCCCACACAAUCUCAGCCACCAGCCAAGUGUGACCCUGACUUGUCAUUUGAUGCAGUGACUACUCUGAGAGGGGAAAUUAUCUUCUUUAAAGACAGAUAUUUUUGGCGAACAGACCCCAGAUUCCCUGAACCUAUGUUUUAUUCUAUUUCCUCGCAUUGGCCCUCUCUUCCAUCAAAGUUGGAUGCCACAUAUGAAGCUUAUACCAGCGAUACUGUCUUUGUAUUUAAAGGGAAUCUGUUCUGGGCCAUGAAACUCGGAGAGAUACAAGCCGGUUAUCCAAGAAGCAUCUAUACACUGGGUUUUCCUCCAUCCAUCAAGAAUAUUGAUGCAGCUGUUUCUGAUAAAGAUAACAGGAAAAUCUACUUUUUCAUAAAGGAGAAAUACUGGAGAUUUGAUGAGGAUAGCCAGUCCAUGGAUCAAGGUUUCCCCAGAUUAAUAACUGAGGACUUUCCAGGAGUUGAGCAAAAGAUUGAUGCUGUACUUAAAAAUUCUGGAUUGUUUUAUUUCUUCAGUGGACCAUUACAGAUUGAGUUUGACCCUAAUACCAAGAUGGUGACAAAGCGUGAGAAGAGUAACAGCUGGUUAGGUUGUAAAGUAUGA